AUGUAUAUGGAUAUGGACCAAGUAUUAAGAAAGCAGAAGAACCACAACUGUACAGAUGAUGCAAAAAAAUUAGGAUCAAAAACAAACAAUAAUCAGUUGUAUUCAAUCUCAUUAAAUUCGCCUAUUCACUUUUUGACCGUCUUCACACGCACAUCUACCCCAUAUAUUGAUAGCCUGUCUCUCAUUAUUGACAUAUCAAUCAACAUGGCUACAAGCGACACAGACGGAUAUUGGGACAUUGUAGUUUCGUCGCUCCAAGACCUCUGCAACGCAAAUGAAUCUCUAACGUUCGAUCCAAUCUUCGAUCCGGCAGAAAAGUCGCUAGAAUCGCUAACUGACGCCGAACUAGAAGCACUCAAAGACGAGCUCAAAGAUCACAACCUCAACAUCGGCACCGCCAAGCGAAUAAUAAGCACAUCCCAGCAGAAUCUCCAAACGCUCAUUGCCAAAGCAGAGGAGGCACAGCGCAAGGAACAAGAGUUGGCUGCAUUACCUCCAAGAAGCCUGAAAAGUCAGGUUGCAGGUAAGAUCGGGCGCUCUACGGGGAAGGGGAAAAAGAAUUCGACGCAGAAACAAGGCCGGAUCUUUUGGCAGUCGAAGUACGACUCGGAUGAGCCAGUAAUUGUGGGGUCAGAGGUUGCGUUCAAGCUCAAAAGCCGCCAUUUGGAGGAGUGGAUCCAGUGCGAGAUCACGAAAAUCAUAGGCGACGGCAUGAAAUACGAGAUCCGGGACCCUGAGCCCGAUGAAAAUAACAACCCGGGCCAGACGUUCAAGGCCAACUACAAGGAGAUUCUCCUAAUUCCUUCCAAAGCCGAGGUGCCCAAUCUAAUACAGUAUGCCCAUGGAACGAAAGUGUUGGCGCGAUAUCCUGAAACCACCACGUUCUAUCCUGCUGUGGUUGUGGGAACUAAGAAGGACGGUAAGGUGCGGCUCAAGUUUGAUGGAGAAGAGGAGGUGAACAAAGAAACCGAGGUGGAGAGACGUUUGGUGUUACCUUUCCCCGAGAAGUAA